AUGAUGAAAUUUACUAAGCAGAAUUUUAUUUUUUUACUUGGUGGAAUUAUAAUUUAUGUAGUUGAUAUUGGAGUGGACUUCUGGGUAGCUAGUAAAUAUUUGUGUCAAGGACAAUAUUCUUGGAGUCUAUUGAUACUGUGUUUUAGAGGUCUUUCAUUAUUAGUAACUCAGAUAUUCAGUUAUGAGUGGUUUAAAAAUGACUGGGAAGGUACUGAUACUGGGAAGCUGAAAUGGAUUUUCCUAGUUCAUGUCUUUCAGUGUGGAAUUUUUAUAAGGUAUUGGUUUGCUUUGAAAUAUGGCUGUCAAGCUGCAUUUAAACAAAAUAGCAGUGGAGAUACACCGGAAACAGACUCUCCCAGCCUCCUUCAGAAACAAGCCAUUGAUGUAGUGACUGAUAUUAACAUGCUCAGGGUAUUCAAGACUUUUCUUGAGACCACACCACAACUUUGUGUCCAGAUUUAUAUCCUCAUGGAACAUGGCAAAUGUAAUUUCUCUCAAUAUGUUGCCUUAAUUAUGUCCUUUGGUGGUAUCUCCUUUUCAACAGUUGAUUAUCAAAUAUCACUACGAAAAUCUCUGCCUGAUAAAGAUGAAUUUCCUGUGCUUUCCAAGUUAACGUAUCUCUUCUAUAAAUUGCUUACCAUCACUUCGUGGAUACUCAGCAUUACACUGAUCAUGCUAUUAAGUGUUAGAAGUUCUGUAAUUCUGCUGAUACUUCUUUGGAUCUGUGGCUUCACCUGGACCUUGAAACAACGUACAACAUUUUGCAAAUCUAAGAAGAUGGAAUAUCUGUACAGAGCUGUUGUUGGAAUCAUUCUAAUUUUUACCUUUUUUAACAUAAAGGGGAGAAAAACAAAAGUCUGCAUUUCUAUUUAUUAUGCUACUCACACUGUUGUAACUCUGGGUAUUUUGUUUGUAUAUAUGUUCUGGAAACCUUCCAUUAUCAAGGAAAUAAGUUUUACAGUUGUGAGCAUCCUAACUAUUCUUAGCCUGGCAUUAGGUAUUAUUUUUCUUGUUGUUUAUUAUAGGCAUUUUCAUCCCACUGCUUAUUGCAGACCACAUGCAUGUUCAGAUGAAGUUGAUGGAGAGGCAGGACAAAAGGAUAGAGUGAAAAUCUGUAGAUUUCAAAAUUUCAUAAUGCAGUGA